AUGAGAUAUGAUAAUUCCCCUGUUAAUUAAUAAACUAAAGGUAAUGUGAGUAAUCAGAAUUAAUCUCCAAGAAAACAACACACACCUUAAGAUACAAUGUAAUAAGUCUUACAAUUCAAUCCUUAAUUAUUAAAUCUAAAAUCCUGUUCGCCUCACAGACCAAAAGAUUAACCAAAGGACAGCUUCUACUUUGUGUAGGAUGAUGGCUAAAGAUAAUAAGAAACAUAGCUUAAGUUUAAUAAAGUCAAGAAUAAUUACCAAAUUACUAAGCAGUUAACAAAUAGAAGCGAUAAACAACGAAAGCGAGUUGAUCUGUCGAGCAAUGUAUUUGAGAAUACUCAAAAUGUGGAUGUGAUUUCUAAAUCCCCUGAGAAUUAACAAUUAAUUAAUACAUCAGUCUAAUGGACAAAUGUGCAUUAUGGUAAAGUGCUUACUUCUGUGAAUGAGAAGGCAGAGUUUGGAAAAGAUUAUGCAAAACAAAGGAAACACCAAGAUUUGCAGCAAUAAUAUCAGGAUAGUACAAAACAUAAAAGCCCUUCAAAAAUAAUAGAGAAUGAGAUUAAUAUUUAGUCUAAGAAAUAAAAUUAAUAAUUCUCCGAUGUUUUUGGACAGGAAUUGGGGAACAAGGAAAGAAAGUGGUUAAGACCAUAACGUAGUCUCUCCCCUUAAAUAAAAUGGACAGCAUUCGAUAGUACUCGAGAUUACAAAGAUUUCGGUGAUAUGAGUAUUAAAGAGUCAAAGCUACGCAAUAUAAACACUGAUAAUCAGAAAGACACUCAUAAAUUGAAUCACCCUUUGACUUCACCAUUUUUUGAUUGUCAAAUAUCCUAUGAGAAGAUCAAAGGGUAAUAUAAACAAUAGACGUAAUUAAAACCCACUGAGAACGGGUCUUCAAAGCAAUUUGGACAAGAGAAAAAGAUCGAAUAGAGUAGCAGUAAUAAAAAGUAUGAAGGGAUCUACUCCUGGAAAAACAACUAUUAAAAAUGA